GCCCCACCAACGAAUUCAAAUUAUCACUGUCGACGUACGGUGCAUUUCCGGUGACUUCCGACGCAACUCUUUGACAGAAUCUCUCGGACUUUCAACUUGACGCCGGAAAUCUGCUUCUGAUCCACGAUUGUGAUGGAAAUUACUCAAGAAACCGAAGAUUACAUUCGAGGAACGAUUGAUCACACAGUCGGACUCCAGGUGCCGACCGGUACUCUACUUCAGAAGCUCCGUGCCGUCGGAGAGUCACGCGACGUUCUGCAGCAUCAGAAUCUCUGUCUUCAAUCGAAGCUCAAAGAAAAGGACAAGACUAUUGAGCGAUCUAGGGCUGAAGCGAGUAUGAGUGCCGCCGCUUUGAAGAAAUUCGUGGAGGAAAAUCAGAAACUUGCUGUGGAGUGUUCAAAUUUGUUGGAGGCGUGCAAAAAUUGGGAGAGGGAGUGCGCGCUCUAUGACAAGGAUCGCGAGGCGAUAUUGGAUUUUGCUAACGAGGCAGAUGAAAGGGCUAGAGAGGCUGAGGCUAGGAACUUGAACUUGGAGGAGCAGAAGAAGAAGCUGGAGGAAGACCUCCAAUACUAUAAGAUUCGAUCAGAUGGACUCAUGGUUGAUGUGGUGUCUGGAGAAGAUCCUGAUGAGGAAAACAAUUUGCUUAAUUCAUUGUUGGCUACGGUAUGUGGCAACGAUGAAAUUACAUCAACUGCACAUCGAUUCUUAGAGUCACACAGUGGAGUUGAAGCUUGUCAAGAGCUACUAAGAAAAUGGCCAAUCUUGAGCCCUCUAACCCAGAAGAUCAUCGCGCUAACAGCAAACGCAAAAAGUUUUCAGAAAGACAGGGAUCUUCUAACAAUGAAUCUACGUAGAUCUGAAGAGGAGGUGAAUGCAUUGGUUCUGCAGAACAACGUUCUGAAUGAGGAGAAUAAAAGACUUAUACGAAAGUACUAUAGAGACAAGCAUGUUGGUGCAUCUGGUGGAGGCAGCUCUUCCGGAAAGGGGAAGCGAAAAUCGAGCCACGAUUUGAGGAGCCCAUCGGAGAAGAAAAUGAACACGAGCAAUGCUGACUCACAAAGACAGCCUCUUUCGCCGUUAAAGUGCAACUCUCCGGAGUUAAGAGUGUGUAAGAAGUAGGAAGAUCGACGCAGGUGUGCAUGCUCGUUGGUAACUUGUGUGGUAUAACUUCUUCUGUUUAGUUAAAUUCGAUUUUACUUUUUUUUUGUUUGGUUGAAAUCUUGAUGAUCAUUUGAUGUGAUUUCAUAUCCAUAUCUCUCUUAACAUAGGUAGAAGUUUCAAUCUGUUGAAACAUGUUUUUUGAUUCUAGAGAUUGUCUUUGAAUUUUAAUUGCAGGAGAAGUUUGAUGCUAUUUGAUGUGUUGUGCUGUGUUUCCCUCCAUUGAUUUUCUUCAAAAAUUUAAGGGUGUGUGUUCAUUUCUUAUUUGUAUAUAGUUAUUUUUUUAGAUUGAAUAUAGAAAAAUUGUAAUAUGAAAAUAAUAUUUUGAAUUGAAAUAUUU